CACAAAGCUGCACUCUUCAGCGGGAUGUUCAAAAAGCCGUCCAAGUCUACAGAAGCAUCUGCAAAAACCCAGGAGGGUAUCUGUGCAGACAAAGAGCUCUCGAGCAGCAGCGAUAAUCAGUCUGAAAACCAGGAAAAAGGAGGAAUCCUCAGCGGCAUGUUUAAGAAAAAAGUAGCCAAAUCUCAGUCUCAGAAAGACCCUGGCGAUGCAGAGAGGCUUGAAGAGAACAGGAAGCAACUGGAAACCAAACCAGACCCAGAAAAAACUAACGYGAUCCACCAACCAGAACGGAGGAAAAGCAGUGAAGCUCUGCUGAUCCCACCCAGACCGCCUGAGGAGGAGAGGAAGGACAUGUCUGCACUCGACAAAAAACAACAAGGACCUGAGGAGACGACGGACAGGAAUCCCAGAGAGAUGACAGGAAAACGUUCAGGAGCUCCCACGCUUCCUCCCGAACCUUCAAAGGAGGAGAUGAACAGAACAGUGAGACAUCAACAGAACCAAGAGAAACCACCUGGAAACGAAACACACGAAGAGGAGAAGCGAGCAGAGAACAAACCGGAAGGCCUAAAAAAUGAUGACUCUUCAUUAAAAGAGAAGAAAGAAGAGGAAGGGAAGGAAAAAGCGGCAGAGACCAAAGUCACGAAACCAAAGAGACCCAAUCCUUUCAUGCCUCAGGUUAAGGCUAAAGUUAUUCAGAGGAAAACACGAGAGGAAGCUGCAGGAAACUCAGCGGAGAAUGAAGGGCCCAACAGGUCUUUAUUUGACCAACUGGACGUUUUCCGAACUGAACCCUCGCAGCCUGAAAACAGUCAGGAUAUGGAAGAUCUCAUGGAGUGGUGGAACACAGUUGAAUCAUGGGAGGACACGCCUCAAGCAGAAGACAGGACCGAAAAAGAAGAAGCCAAGGCGUUUGCUGUCACUGCAGAGAAAGUUCAGAAAGGCAUCCGCAUUUUUAACAAACUGUUCAUGGAGCGUGCCGAGACCCUCUGGCAGCACGUCAUCGACCUCAACUCCAUCGCCGACGGCCUGGACAAGUUCAACAAGAACACRAAGAUCGCUCAAAUCACCGGCGGUUCCACCAGCGCAAUCGGGGGCGUCACCACCAUCGCCGGCCUUGCCUUGGCUCCAGUCACCAUGGGAACCUCUCUGAUCGUCACGGCGGUGGGUUUGGGCGUUGCGACGGCAGGUGGUCUGACAACAGCUGGCGCCGGCAUCUCCAACCAGGUCAACAACUCCAUGGAYCGAAAGAAGGUGGAGAAGAUCGUGGAGGACUACCAGGAGAAGAUCGCCGACCUCAACAAGUGCCUGAAGUUCAUCAAGCAGGGGAUCGAGAACCUGCGCAAGUUCGACCUGAUCAAGAUAAAGAAAAGCGCCUACAACCAGGACUUCCCCUCGCUCACAAGCCAGUUCUAUGAGGAUGGCGCCAUGGCAGGGAAGGCCAUCCUUAUAAAUGCCAACGAGAUCAUGCGCGUUGUGCAGAUCGCCAAUGUGGCGGGCAGCACGGCGGCCAGGGCGGUCCAGAUCGCCAGCAUGGCCACCGGCGUGCUCACAGGCCUCUUCGUGGGCAUGGACAUCUACUUUGUGGCCAAGGACUCCAAAGAACUCAAGAAAGGUGCAAAAUCGGAGUUCGCUGCCAAAAUUCGUGAGGUGGCCACGCAACUUCACGACGGUUUGGUGGAGCUGAACUCAAUCCGAGAAGAGCUGCAGUCUACCAAGCCCAAAAACAGCACCAAGGACCAAACCAAAAAUUCAGACUUUGAAAAGAAAGAGAAAAGUGAUAAAUAUGACAAUUCAACUGAAGACGAAAUCAGCCGCAUUAAAAAAGCMAUCAAGAAGGACAUCGAGAGCAGAGAAAAUGUUUGACACGUUUAGCGUCUCYGAUGGUUUUCAGAACUCUUUGAUUGGAGAUAUUUUUAAUGAACAAAGAUGCAAUAAAUACUUAWAUUAUUAAUACGAUCUAGACCAGGAGGGGACACCUCCCCCUGACUCGCAUGUUAAAUAGAUGCUAAUUAUUUUCUGCAUGUGUGAUGGACAUACAGGAGCAGAAGCAGCAAAGGAUUUAUUUUUCUCUCCAUUCCUCAUGGAGUAGCUACCAUUCUGCUAUUUAGGAGGAACAAGUGAUCUUUUAUCUAUGUUUUUUAUUUAAACUUUUAAUUUGCACUUUGAGAUUUAGUCAUAUUUAUUCAGUUUAGUCCAUACCCACUUGUUUGUCACUUAAUUCUAACAUGAAUUUCUGGUAUUUUGUGAAUCAUAGGUUUAAUAAUUUAACUCUGAUUGAGUGGUUUGAUUUAACACACGACUUGGAUUAUUUUUGCUAGAUUUCUUUUUUUAGAUUAAACCACGUUCUGAUGUUUCAGUUAAUCACGGCAUAAUUAAUGUUUUAUUAAAUACAAACUGUUAAAUAUUUUAACCUAACAGCUUUCCCGCUUGUUCCUCAUGGUGUCUGUAGACAAAAUUAUUUUCUAUUUGUUUUCCUUUUUAGAGAUCAUGAAUUUUACUUGCAAUAUUCUGUUCACGUAAUAAACAAAUCUGUAAAAAUUUAA